AUGUUCUCAUGGUUCUUCGUCGCCUAUAUUGUAGAAGGCACAGUAGUUUUCUUUUUGGAUCUGAUCGUGCUAUUGGCUCUGUGCCGUCAUCGUGAGUUGAUCUCUCGUUAUUGCGUCAUCAUUUUGCAGAUAUUUGCUGCAGCUGUUUAUGCACUAGCCGCAUUUAUUGCCGGUGUAAUGCGCAUCACGCAGCUAUCGAAGAUUGAUCCGGAUCAGCAUCAAACUCGUGGUCACUGCGCAAUGAUGCCUUGGAACGUUUUGAUGAUCUGGACGACUGAAAGCAUGCUUCCGGUAUAUGAUCGAAUAUUUGGUUUCAUACGGAUGAGUGCAGCGCUCUUAUCGAUUCUGCUCUAUUUGACUGCGUUUCUUUUGACACGAAGAUACCGAAAACGUAUUGCCGACAUGAGUGAUGCCGGCAAUGUGCUGCGAAGAUUUCAUCGACGACAAGCUCAGCUUACAGCCACAAUGGCAAUUUCAUGCAUAUUCACGUUUGUUCUAUACGUGAUUCCGGUUUAUGUAUUCUAUUUAUCCAGAAACACAAAAUCCGCAUUGAGUGGACAGAUUAAUCAGUUCACGGUGAUUGCUAUUAAUCUCAAUUCCAUUCCGAAUAUCUCAAUCCUCUAUUGGCGUCAACAGGACAUCGGCAAUGCAGUCAGAAGGCUUUUUAAGUGCUCGAAGAGGGGAAACACUGUUGCAAUGUCAUCGAUGGUCACUGCUACGGCACGAGCUGUACCGAAAACAACGAAUGCAAUCUGGUCGCAUACAUAA